AUUUUAAUAAUAGCGGAUUAAUCUUCCCAGGUUUGAUUCACCAAGCGUUAAACAAAUCUGGUUAAAAGUUUGAUGAUCCUGAAUUUUGCAACAAAUCCCAUGGAAGUCCAUUGCGGGAUGAAUCCUACUCAGGGGCGGACUGACCAUUUGGAAACUCGGGCACUGCCUGAGGGCCCGGGGUCAGUAGGGGGCCCCAUGAGAUGCCCCUGGUACCUUUCAUAGGCUUUUUUUGGGUGUGGUUUGAGUGUGGGUGAGGACACAGGGGCCCCAUGAUCCCCUAUUGCCUGGGGGUCCCAUGAGUUGUCAGUCCACCCCUGAUCUGCUGCCUACCUGUAUUACUGACCU